AGUGACUUCACUGCGUUGUAGACUUUCUCUGAUUUCUAUACUCAAAAGUUCCGGAAUCGAUACCAAGUUAGAUCAUUUCGAAGUUUUGAAUUUCCUCGUGGUUUAGAAAAUCUGUGAUUUAUUUAUUUCAUAUAUUUAUAUAUAUAUUAAUUUAUGAUAUAUAGUCUAAUGUUACAUUAAUUCCUGAAUACCGAAGAUAGUAAGCCGCUGAAAUGAGUUGUUGAUAAUGCCUCUGGGUACUGUGGCAAAGAUUUCAGUUGGGUGGGCUGUUGCUAUAGCUGGUGGUUUGUACGCAUUUGUCCUUUCUAAAAGGUCUAUUGACAGCAGGCGAUAUGAAAGUAUGAAAGUACGAGAACCAAAUAUGGGCCAGUUGGACAUGGCCAAGAUGCAACUUGUGCAAGACUUAGAGAUAGAAAUGAUGGCAGAUAUGUACACAAGACUAACUAAUGCUUGCCAUAAAAAGUGUAUUCCUCCUAAAUAUAACGAAGCCGAGCUUGGUAAAGGUGAAUCUGUAUGCAUAGACCGCUGUGUUGCCAAAUAUUUAGAUAUUCAUGAAAGAGUUGGCAAGAAAUUGACAAUGCUUUCAACUCAAGAUGAAGAUUUUAUCAAACGAAUGCAAGGCGAACAGUCCAAAAGUGUAGGAUCAUAG